CCAGACACUGAAUCUAGUUAUAAAUAGGGCAAUAUGGUCAGAGACUAAAGACAGUGAAGAUUUAAUUAUGAAAGAAAGAUCUUUCCCAUUUCCACUUGAUUUUUGAGCCUGUGAGACUUAAACCAAACACCAAUCUUUUUACAGACCAACUCUCUCUUUACUUUUUCCAACAGAGGACAGCACACAAAAUAACUUCCAACAUUUUGAUUAUUGUCAGAAAAACCUUUUUUUGCUAAUUUCUCACAAACUCAUUUCUCAAAAAAACUUUUUUAAUUUCUUAAAUUCUUAUAGACAAGAGAGAGAGAUCUCUCAACGUUCAACUUCAAACAGUACUCUCUUGUGGUACAAGUACGAACAAUCUCUCUGCAACAUAACACAUGCUCUCUUUUCUUCAACACACACACACAUAUUCAUUCAUCAACAACUUUCUUUUUCUCUUCUGAAUCUUUAUCUUUCGAACAUCAUGACUUGUAUACUAAGCUGUUCUCAUGGCGUCGUGAUCGCAACCGCCAUGGUUUUCUCAAGUACUGCUCUGUUUCUUGCGAUUUCCCGCCAAUUCUCUGGAAAUCAGACAUCAGAUCAAGAAAUCCUCCGUUCUUGUCUUUCUUCAGAGGAAAAGAAGAGACAGAGGAAGAAUAAGAAGAAGAAAGUGAAAUUUGCAGAGAAUGUGAAAGAGACGAAAGGUAACGGUGAAGAGUAUCGUAAGAAGAGGGAACGUCUUCGGAGAAUUGUACCGGAACAGAUGAUUAAACCGAAGAAGACCGGUUCGGUUUGUAGAAACGACAUGCCUGCUAACCGGAUUGCUUUGUACAACGGGAUUCUUAGAGACAGAGAUCAUCGAAUUCAGUGCUCCUAUUGACUUUUUCUUUUUCUUCGUUUACCAAAAAAAUACGCAGAAAAAAAAAAGAAAAAGUAAUUAUAAUUAAUUAUUGUAGAUAAUUAUUAGCUUUCCGGAUGAUUCUCUGUAUGUAAUUUUAGGUUUGAUAUGUGAAAUAGAGUUUUUAGCGACAAGAUAAAAAGUAAGAAA